AUGGUCAAAGUCAAGAAGCGCGCGUCCAAGCGUGUCAAGAUCGCGCAGAGGGAGAAGAUCAAGAAGAAGGUCAAGGAGCACCGUCGCAAGACCAACCGUGACGAGCGCAGGAGUACGCAAUGGAAGAGCAAGGCUCGCAAGGAUCCGGGCAUUCCCAACUCGUUCCCGUACAAGGAGCAGCUGCUCAACGAGAUCGAGACCAAGCGCCGUCUUCAGGAGGAGGAGAAGCUCGCACGCAAGGCGGAGAAGCUCGCCGAGCGCAACAACGGCGAGCAGAACGCCGACGAGCCGCAGGACGGCUCCGACGUCGAGGGGGCUGAGGACAGCGACGAGAUGGUGGACGAGGACGCCCUGGACGAUAUGCCGCUCACAGCUCCGCUCUACCGUGGCACGCUGCAGGAGCUGCUCGCCUCGGACGAGAUCAAGACCAUCGUGCUGGCGCUCGAUGCGCGCGAUCCCCAGAGCUUCCGCAGCCCAUGGCUCGAGGCUGCCGUUGGCAAGCAAAAGGGCAAGAAACUCGCGCUGGCACUCAGCCGUGCCGACAUGGUGCCUCUCGAGACCGUGGCUGCGUGGACCGCCUACCUUUCCAGCUCCACCAGUCUUCCCGUCUUCCCCAUCUGCGCUCCCUCGGACGCGCUGCCCGAGAACACGGGCGCCGAGGCUCUCGUUGAGAAGCUCGCGCUCAAGGGCGUCAAGCGGGGAGACGUUGCCGUUGUCGGUCUGGCGCAUUCGGGACGCAGCACAGUCGCCGAUGCGAUCCUCAACGCCAUCGGCGUUCCCGAGGACGAAGAUGUGGAGGACGAGGACAAUGAGACGAGCGACUGGCCUGCCGUGCUCGACACGCCUGCGCUGAUCCCGCUCAAGAGCUCAGAGGCUGCUGAAGAUUCGGACGCGGAGGAGGACGAGGAUGAAGAGGAGGACGAGGAGGACGACGAGCACAAGUUGAUGGCACGCAUGGAGCUCAAGUCGAUGCAGACGCUCAUGCGCAACCAGGGCCACGUGCAGAGGAUCAAGGAGCCGCUGCCGCUGACGUGGUCUUUGAUGUCGCGCGUGUCGCAUCCGGAGGAUUUGAUGCUCAUCUACAACGUACCGGCGUACGGCUCGUUCCAGGUGGAGCGAGCCUCGCUGGCGGACGAGGAAGCCGACGCCGAGGAGGCCGAGAAGAUCCAGGCUGCGGCGCGACGCCAGAAGGUGCACGCCGACACGCAGGAGUUCCUGAUCGCGCUGGCGCGUGCGACGGGCCGCAUGAAGAAGCGCAACAUCCCCGACGAGAUCGGUGCGUCGCGUGUGCUGCUGCGCGACUGGUCGCAUCAGAUGCUGGGCUACUACACGCAGGCGCCCAAGCUCGGCGACAAGGCGCUCAAGGCGUCCGAAGAGACCAAGCAGCGCGUGGCGUCCACCAUGCCUCUGGUGCUGCCGAGGAAAGAGUGGAGGAAGAAGUUCCAGGCACGCGAGCUGCGACUCAAGCCCAUCUCGGCGGUGCUUGGCCGCGAGGCGCUGGUGCUUCAGGAGGUCGAGAUGCUGCCGCCUCCGCCCGAGGAGGACAGCGAGGAGGACGAGGAAGAGAUCGACGAGGCGCUGCUCGAAGCGGGCGACGAGAGCUUCGAUGACGAGGAGGAGGAGGAGGAUGAGGAGGGGGAGGACGAAGACGACGAGGCAGAGGCAGAGCAGUCACCGCAGAAGCUCAAGUCGAUCCUCAAGAAGAACGGCGGCGGCAGCAAGAAGCGCAGCGGCGAGAGCGCCAGCGACGACGAGGCCGAUGACGACGACGACGAGCAGCAGCUCUCGCGCAAGGAGCGUCGAAUGAACAACAAGAAGGCACGCGUCGUCGUCCCCUCCAAAUCCAAGCCGACGCCCAAGCGCUCCUCGUCGGCCAAGAGCUCCUCCGCCAAGGCAGCCGUGGGUGCGGCCAAGGCGGCUGCCGCUGCUACGGGACCUGCGCCCGGUGAAAAGUACGAUUUUGGCGCCUUCUUCUAA